GGCCCAUGUUCUUCGGAUGUCUCGCACAGACCGUCGGGAACGCUCAGCUGCUGUGUGGAUAUGUCCGCCAUGUUUUUCAUGGCACAAGGAGCGGACCGCCCAAGAAAAAAUAUCUUUUAAAUCAAUUUUAUCUCGACCAAAAAUGGCUUUUAACACUGGAUUUCGGUAGAAAAGGAGUCGAUGAUUUGGACCGUUGUGAGAGGAGGCGGGUCCCUUGUGGAUUUCUACCGAAUUUUUGACUGAAUUCUGGCGGGAUUCAUGUUUCCUCCACAUUUUGUGUUUUUGAGAUAGGCGAAAACAAUGAGUAAACUCUCGUUCCGGGCGCGAGCGCUAGACGCCGCCAAACCUCUCCCCAUAUACCGUAACAGAGACCUCCCGGACCUCAAUGACUGCGUCUCAAUCAACCGGGCUGUGCCCCAGAUGCCAACUGGAAUGGAAAAAGAGGAGGAAUCGGAGCACCAUCUCCAGAGGGCGAUCUCGGCUCAGCAGGUGUUCCGGGAGAAGAAGGAGAGUAUGGUUAUCCCCGUGCCUGAAACAGACAGCAACGUCACCUAUUAUGACCGUCUGUAUAAAGGAGAGUUCCGCAUUCCCAAACAGCUGAUCCACAUUCAGCCUCUGGGUUUGGACAAUGAACAGCCAGAUUAUGACAUGGAUUCAGAGGAUGAGACACUCCUCAACAGACUCAAUAGGAAGAUGGAGAUCAAACCUCUGCAGUUUGAGGUCAUGGUGGAUCGACUGGAGAAGGCUAGUGCUAACCAGCUGGUGACUCUUCCGGAAGCCAAGCUGCUGCUGAACGAGGACGACUACCUCCUGAAGUCUGUGUACGACUACUGGAUGAGGAAGCGGAAGAGCCGGCAGUCGCUCAUCCCACAAGUCAAACAGGAGAAGCGCGACGGCUCCACCAACAACGAUGCCUAUGUCGCCUUCCGCCGGCGCACAGAGAAGAUGCAGACCAGGAAGAACCGUAAGAAUGAUGAGGCGUCAUACGAGAAGAUGCUGAAGCUGAGAAGGGAGUUCAGCCGCACCGUCACCAUCCUGGAGAUGGUCAAGAAGCGGGAGAAGGUCAAACGAGAGCUGCUGCACCUCACGCUGGAGGUGGUGGAGAAGAGGUAUCACAUGGGUGACUUCUCGGGAGAAAUUCUCAAUGAAGUCAGCGCUCCUCUGGCUGAGAAGCCAGUCUACACCGCUCCCAUCACUCUGCCGAAUGGAAACCGCUACAAAGUGGAGAACAAGAUCAAGACACACAAGCCCGGCCCACAGCACCCGCACCACUUCUCCAUCAAGCCAGAGCCACACUUUGACUUUGUGCGGCCGCAUAAGAAGUACACCAAGAGGCCCAAACUGGACCCGCUACGCCAGCCGAGCCGCAUUGAGAGGCAGCACACAGUUAACAAGGCCGACCUCAAGCAGUACGACUUCCACAGCUCCGGAGAGGAGGACUACCCUCUGUCUCCUACGUCAGAGCCAGAUGAGGAGAAUGACCCAGAUGGAGUGUUUGCUUUCAGGCGGAGAGCUGGCUGCCAUUACCUCACUCCACUCGUGGACCAGAGCUCCUCUCCUCUGUGGGGUCAGGUGGACCCGCUGCACCAGCGGCACUCCCUGACGGCCCUAACGGUGCCACGCCGCUGUGUGGGUCUGACACGCAGGAGGGUGGGACGCGGUGGCAGGGUUGUGCUGGACCGUGCCUCCUCCGACCUGGACCGCGCCUUGCGACUGCUGGACCCGGACGUUUUCUCCUCCUCCCACUCCUCACCAUCUCCAGCCCUCGACCCCGUUGACCUCAGGCACGACCCCUCGCACACCACCCAGUUAGCCUUGCCUCCUGCGGAACGCUCCCUGGAGCAAAUCCUCAGCGACAUCAAGUCCUGCAGGUGGCGCUGUUUCCGCCCACGGCCCGCGCAGGAGGAGGGCCAUGGCAACACCAGGAAGAGCGGCAUGGCGGCGGAGGGCAGGACGCGAGAGGCGCCGGGCAAGAGCACGGGCAGCGCCUCGCACGCUAAAGCUGCAGCCACAGAGGCCAUCACAGAAGAACAGUACCAGACCCACCAGCAGCAGCUGGCCCAGAUGCACAAGCAGCAGCUGGCUCAGGUCCUGCAGAGAACAGCGGCAACUCCCUACGCAGCACAGCCCGAACGCAAGGCCACACAGACUGCCAGCUCAACGGAGCGAGUGUUAAAGACCCUGGAUUCGGCCAGUGCACACUUUGCUGCCUCUGCAUUGAUGAGCAGUCCUCCGUCAGCCAACAAUGAGAACAAACCCCACCCUCGAACAGUCAACGGCGUCGGCCCCGGUUCAGGAGGCUCCAGACCCCUGAAGUUCACCAGCACCUCUCAGAGUGGCGGCGGAGGAGGCAGUCCCGCAGUCCGCUCCUCUUCCUCUCCGGCCCGCGAUAGCCAGGGCCUGAUCCGUGGUAACGGCAGCAGUAGCAACAGCAACUCAACGCCCCAGUCGCUGCCCCGCGGCCAUGCCCACCUGGGCAGUGUGAGCGCCGUGUCUCCAGCCCACACGCACCUCGGCGCCCGGCCCUCGGCCCCCUCGCCCUCCGCCUUAAAGCUGGCCGCUGUCGCCAGCAGCUUGGACCGAGUGCCCAAGGUCACGCCAGCCAGUGCCGUAGACAGCAUUGGCAGGGAGAACCAUGAACCAGAGAGAUUGGCCCUUAAUGGCAUAUCAGAGACCACAGUGGCAAUGGAAGUGACAUAACCUCACUCCACGUCAUUGACCAUCAUGCCAUUGAACGGACUAACCUCCAAGACGAAAUGCAAGACCACUUCCUGCCACUAGGGGGCUUACUCGCAGAACAGUACCUAAAUUUGCAGCAUAUCAAAAAGAGAUUUGUCAAUAUACAUGUACAUUUUGUAACAUUGGGAAUAUCACUACCUUGUAAAAUAGUAUAUUUGUAUCAUUAGUAUCUUAUUUCUGUUACUUGAAUUCUAGAUACUUUUUGUCAUCAUGCUUUUGCACUUGGAAAAAAAUGGCAAAUGACCGCAUUCAAAAAAAAUCAUUAUAAAACAGGUGCAUCGGUUUGUGUUAGGAUCAUGAGCAUGAAAUCCGGUCCUGCAUCACUCAUUUUACCUAUUUAUUUUAUGAUGUUUACAUUUUUGUAUCUUGUACAAAUAAAUCAAUUUUGUGACCACAAAAUGCAGAAAUGGAUGUAGCUAGAGCAUAUUAUGUUGUGCUUUUUUCUUGUUGCAAAAGGAAAAAGAGCCCGAUUUGAUUUGGUUUCACAAAUUGAUUUUUUGUUUUCUAUUUUUUUUUUGUAUAUAAUUAUGCGGCAUUCUCUCAUUUGUCCUCUGUCUAUUUCACAGAGGUGAUUAAAACAUUUUUAUUUUUUUAUUUAGUCUUAAUUGUUUUUCCUGUAUCUGCCAAACAAUCUCCAGGUGUUAUCCAUAAGAAAAGAAAAACUAUAAUGUCCGUUUGAUCAUAUUUGUGUUUAGAAAAGAAAUUGUGGCUAAAUGCAUACAUUGAUUCAUUGUCUGCAAAUACCAGUAUGUUUUAAGUAUUCGUAUAUGCCUUUUUAAAUGAGUGGGCUAACGCCAGUCAAAAAUUCACAGCUGUAAAUCGUUUUUGGUUUACGUUGUGCAAUAACGUUCCAUAUUAUGGACAACUUUGCCGAGAUUGCCCUUUGAUGUAGGGGGCAGUCCUAUCGAAACCCUAUCUUUUUUUCCCCCCUCUUCAAUGGCAAGUAACAAGCAGAAAAUGGAUCUGGUGGCCAUGUGCUCUGACAUACUCCAUGAUGAGUAUAGUCUCCAUGCGUUGUCAGUAUAGUCAUUUUCUUCUGUACAUCCAUUUAGUAUCCAUGCACAAUGUCCAAAGAUUUACAUUUCCCCAUGCUACUUGUCCUUGAAGUGAUACUGACUUAAAAAAAUAUGCAGGGAAAUAAAAAAUUGAACUAUAUCAUA